GCGCACUGUAACUCGCGCUCGCUCGUCCCCCUCGCAGUAGCUCUUUCGUCUUCUUCAGCGCGAGAGUCUAUUUAGCUCGUGCCUUCUCUCCCUCUCUCAUUCCGGCUACGGAAGUUCUCAUCGGGACUUCCAUAGCUUCGUUCACUCACACACUCAUUCUUUCAUUCAGUCAAUCAAUCAAUCCAUCAUUCUCUCUCUCUCUCUCUCUCUUCUCCUCACUGGCACAGACUCAGAAAUUAGUCAGUUGUGCUGCCAGUGCAGAGGCAGUCUCUAGAUGCUGCAGCAAUUCGAGCAGAAUCGUAGACAGUGUGUGGCACAGACUCAGAAAUCAGUCACUUGUGCUGCCAGUGCACAGGCAGUCGUUAGAUGCUGCAGCAUUUGGAGUAGAAUCGUAGACAGUGUGUGGGUGGAACGGUCCAAGUAGUUAGACUCGAUUCUCAGACUCAAUUCUGUAGAAGAAAUAUUAGUAGUAGUAGAGGCAGAACAGAAAAUGUAGGUGGUGGUGGUGUUGUUGUUGUUGAUGGGAUUCGGGUGGUUCGAGUUUUUAGUUGUUCUCGGACGUGCAGUGGCGGGGAUUUCUGGGGUCUGACGCACGAUUGGAAUUGGGAUUGCUUUUGCGGAAGCGGAGGGUGGUCGGUCGAUGGCCGAGGUGAAGAGCAUGGCGGCUUCGGCGUCGGGGGAGAGGAAGAGAAGCAAAUUAGGCGGCGGCGGCGGCCGAAGAAUCGGACCCGAGCUGCCGGACGUGUGCGAGACUCGGGCGGAGGUGGUGUUCGAGUGCGACAAGGCGAUGCUGCAAGCGAAGAAGAAGAAGCCGACGCUCAGAGCGUCGCUGGGCAAGUCGCUGAAGAAAUGGUGGAGCGCUUGGUGCAAGGACUUUCACAGCGACGAGAAAGUUCUGCGGCGGGAGGAGCAUCAGAGGGGGCUCGAGGUGAACCGCAUCGUCAUGUCGUUCGGCCUCUGAACAUUCUCCCUCCUCUUCUAGGCCCCAGAUUCUCAGAAGCCAUUUUCUGUCCAGCAUUCUCCAGCACACUCGGACCCGCAUUGUCCCACUUCUGAGCCUCGUGCUCUUUACGCUUCAGCUGUACGCUGGCACCGAGUGCUGGUGCAGCAGCAGCAGCAGCAGCAGCAGGAGGGAGGAAGGAUUUGGGGCGCAGAAGGGAGCCAGGUCGCAUUUGGGCUCCUUCCCCAAAUUUCAGAUAGAAUUAACCAAUUUGCCGAAUUACAGUCUGUACAGGCGACAGGCGUACAGACUAGGGAGCUGCAGGGUGAGCAAGGUGAAGGAGAAGAGAAGAUGGAAUUCACCACACUCUGCUGCCUGCCAGUCCGUCCAGCAGCUGCUGGAGGAGCCCGUGAAGAAGCAGAAACAUCGAGGAAUCCAUAUCCUCGUAGUACCAUAAACGCAGGUACCGCAAAAUUUGCUUAGAUUCUGACACGAAGUCUACCAUUUGGAAAUCUUAGAGUGUAUGGUAUGGGAUGGCUCGAGGAUUCGUUCUCGGCAUGGAAGAACUGCACGACAUAGUACUCCGGCCGGUUUAUCCUAGGGACAAUGUGUGACCGAGACACGAGGGAUAAGCUCGAUGUUUUCAGACAGAUUGAUAGAUUAGUUCUUAGUUGUAGUAGAAGUAGUAAGAGUAGUAAGAGUAGUAAGAGUAUUUUGGUCGGUCAUUGGGGCAGAAACAAUUCUUCUGCCAUCCGACAAUUCUUUCUUAGACACGCAGCAGAAAAGCUGGCUCUUUGCUCUUGGCUGUUUCCGGCCACAACGACACGUCGGUGUCCAUGUUUUUGCAGCCGAGCAAGGGGUCGCAAAAAGAAGCAGAUCGAAAGGAUGAAACGUUUUGACAACUUGCCAUCUCCAUGGCGCCCAGACAUUUCUGGCUAUAACUUCAUUCGCGCACUCCUUUCUAUCGAGCCAUCUUGUGCCGCAAAGUCUGUGCGUCCAUUUCCUUCCUUCCUUCCUUCCUUCCAUCCAUCAUCAACGAUCCGACACACCUCCAUCUCUUUCCUCCCUCAUCCUGCGCUAUCAUGAUCUGAUUUUAGCACAAUCAGAACUAUAACAUCGAGAUAGCUGAGCUGGCUAGAAACAUGCAAGUGGGUUGCUGGUCGAGAAUAAGAAGCUCUUUGC